AUGAAUGGUAUUGGGGAGGAUGGGUUUACAGGACACCUGUUGGCAGCAAAUGCUGCUCCAAUCAGAAAUACUUUCAAAGAUAGCUAUAUAUAUAUAGAUGAUUUUUUUUGCAGACGUCUCCACCUCAACAAGAAAGCAACAGACAAACAACCCUAUAGCAAGCUUCCUGGUGUCUCACUUCUAAAGCCAUUAAAAGGUGUAGAUCCUAACCUCAUCAACAAUUUAGAGACCUUCUUUGAACUGGAUUAUCCAAAGUAUGAAGUGCUCCUGUGUGUACAAGAUCAUGAUGAUCCAGCCAUCGAUGUGUGUAAAAAGCUCCUUGGCAAAUACCCGAAUGUUGAUGCUAGAUUGUUUAUAGGUGGAAAAAAGGUUGGCAUCAACCCCAAAAUUAACAAUUUAAUGCCAGGGUAUGAAGUUGCCAAGUAUGAUCUCAUAUGGAUAUGUGACAGUGGAAUCAGAGUAACACCAGACACCCUAACUGAUAUGGCCAAUCAAAUGACAGAGAAAGUUGGUUUGGUCCAUGGUUUGCCCUAUGUAGCAGACAGACAGGGCUUUGCUGCCACUUUAGAACAGGUAUAUUUUGGCACUUCACAUCCCAGAUCAUAUAUUUCUGCCAAUGUAACUGGCUUCAAAUGUGUAACAGGAAUGUCUUGCCUGAUGAGAAAGGAUGUAUUAGACCAAGCUGGAGGACUGAUAGCUUUUGCACAGUACAUUGCUGAAGAUUACUUUAUGGCCAAAGCAAUAGCUGACCGAGGUUGGAAAUUUGCAAUGGCCACACAAGUUGCAAUGCAAAACUCUGGUUCAUAUUCCAUUUCACAGUUUCAAUCCAGAAUGAUCAGGUGGGCCAAACUGAGAAUUAACAUGCUGCCUGCUACGAUAAUUUGUGAGCCAAUCUCUGAAUGUUUUGUUGCCAGUUUAAUUAUUGGAUGGGCCGCUCAUCAUGUUUUCAGAUGGGAUAUAAUGGUAUUUUUCAUGUGUCACUGUUUGGCAUGGUUUAUAUUUGACUACAUUCAACUAAGGGGUGUCCAGGGUGGUGCCCCGUGUUUUUCAAAACUUGAUUAUGCGGUAGCUUGGUUCAUCAGAGAAUCCAUGACAAUAUACAUUUUCCUAUCUGCCUUAUGGGACCCCACUAUUAGUUGGAGGACAGGACGCUACAGAUUACGCUGUGGAGGCACUGCAGAGGAAAUCCUUGAUGUAUAGCCCCAGCUUUGUGACUGUAUUUCAAAAAAGAAAAAAAAGGAGAAAAAAAAGUAUUAUAAAUUAUGUUUAUAUAAAUGCUUUUAAAAAAAUCUACCUUCAAUAGUUUUAUUACUUGUAUGUUUUGGUAUUUGUUCUUUAAUUUAUUUUUGCAUGGCACUUGCAUCUGUGAAAAAAUACAUCUGUAGUUUUGGCCAAAUGGUACCUUCUUUUUUAUGUAUAAAAGGAAAUCAAGAGAAUUGGUCCCAGGAUCCAUUUUCUUUAUGAAUGUUCUGCAGUAAACUCUAAAGACAGUAUCCUUCAGUACAGGAAAAGCUUCUUGCUCUGUGGUACGCUAUCUUAGUAAAUUGAGAGGUAAAAUGGCCUUUGUCCAUUGGAUUGCAGCAGAUUGGAGAGUAACAUCACUACAGAAGUACAACAGGCUUCUGCAGCAUUUGAAAGAUGGAGCUAGUAGCGGAACACUAGGAGAGAAGUCCUUAGAUGCUUUAUGCCUACCUCUUGUAGUUGCUGCAGAGCAAAUAUAAACUAAUAGAUAACUAGGCCUUGCAAAAAACAAAAGCUGGAGUCUUGUAUUUAUAUGUAUAUAUUAAAACUAUUUUUUUUUGUCUCAUUUGCAAUGAACCAAAAGUGGACUGAGUUUGGGGUGGGUGGGUGGAAUUAUUAGUUAGCCAUGUGUUGAGGGCAUCUUUUGGCCAACUCUGAUUGGUUCUGUCUUGAACCAUUGUUAUCACUGUGCUGUAAUUAGCCUAGCUAAUCCCCUUCAUCAUUCCUGUCCUCUUUAAGGAGUUUUUUGUUUCUGUGGGUGAAUGUUUUGAUAAUUGUGUGUGUGGGGGGGGAUGCAGUUCAAAAACAUUUCACACAUGAGCUAUUUUCUUACACAAUGUCUUAUUGUUAAUAAGAAUGUAAUUUCAUGAUGCAGGUAUUUAAUAUCUUUUU